CGCUUCUCCUCAGAGGCUCAGACGAACAAGUUGCAGAGAUUCCCGAGCUAGUCAGGGCAGUUCGAACUUCGAAUCAACACCUCGCUGCGUGCUAGCCUUUGUGUGGAUCUCUGCAACUGCAAGCAUCCCUGCGUUUGGCAUUUGCAAUCCCCUUUUGCAUCCAUGGCUUGACCGGCAAUCUGCGCGCAGGCUGAUUUAGAUCUCUCCGCCGUCGGCCGUCCCGCAGCCCGAUGCCGCCGCCGCCGGCGGUGGCCGCCGCCGGUCCGGGCGGAGCGCCGCCGCGCCUCUACCUCAAGACACACGGGGCCAGGGUCGCGAGGCCGCACCUGCUCGACUGGGCCGUGCUGGCCGUCCUCGCCGCCCUCGACGGCGCGCUCAACGCCAUCGAGCCCUUCCACCGGUUCGUCGGGGAAGACGCGGUGCCGGGCCUCCGCUACCCGCUCAAGGACAACACCGUGCCCGUCUGGGCCGUGCCGGUGCUCGCCGUCGCCGCGCCGGUGGCCGUCGUCGCCGGGAUGUACGUGAGGAGGCGGAACGUCUACGACCUGCACCACGCCAUCCUCGGGCUUCUGUUCUCCGUGCUUAUAACCGCCGUCCUGACCGACGCCAUCAAGGACGGCGUCGGCCGGCCGCGGCCCAACUUCUUCUGGCGCUGCUUUCCUGACGGAAUGCCGAGGUACGACAACGUCACCAGAGAGGUCAUCUGUCACGGAGACCCGGCCGUGAUCAAAGAAGGGUACAAGAGCUUCCCAAGUGGCCACACUUCAUGGUCUUUCGCCGGGCUGGGCUUCCUGUCAUGGUACCUGGCUGGCAAGAUCAAGGCGUUCGACCGGGGAGGCCAUGUCGCGAAGCUCUGCAUCGUCGCCAUGCCGCUGCUCCUCGCGGCCAUGGUCGCCGUGUCGCGGGUGGACGACUACUGGCACCACUGGCAGGACGUGUUCACUGCUGGAGUCCUUGGAUUGGUGGUCGCGUCGUUCUGCUACCUGCAGUUCUUCCCACCACCCUCCGGCGAACAAGGAUUCUGGCCUCACUCCUACUUUGAGCACAUGCUUACCCUUGAGGGCGAGAUCGAGGUGCAGUCAGCAGCCGGCUCGAGUCGGCACCUGUCACUGACGCUUGACUCCUCUCCCGGACGUGCUGGAAACGACAUGAGAACCAGUAGCCAAGCAUUGGACACCAUGGAAUCAGGCCGUAGAUCCUAGUGUCUGAAGAAUGCUACUGGCUACUGCCUUUUCUUUUUUUCAUUCAAGAAGACUGUAUGCUAAUUUUAGUUUAAAAAAAAUCAAUGUAUGCUAAUUUUACCGGCAACAAGGGGAUUCAGAUCCCUGCAGCGUGUACCAUUCAGUGGAUCAUAGCCUCAAAGGCAUCCUGGUAGUCAGAAAAUUGAUGAGCUUUCUUUUUGGGUCAAGAAAUUUAACGAA